AUGUCGUCGGAUGUGGUGCGGAAGUUGUUGGAGCGAAAGGAUGCGACCAUCUCGAGGACCAGGGUCACAACAACACGCGUAACGUCGUCACCGGGACACACAACCACCACCAUCGCCGCGUCCAGCACCGUGACCUUGUCGGAUCGGCCAGUGCUUGUGCUGCACUUUGGAUCUCGGUACACUCGCGCAGGAUUCGCUGGUGAGGAUGUUCCCAGAUUGAUGCUGAAGACAUGCGUGACAGAGGAGGCGGACGGCUCGGAGAAAUGGCUCUUCGAUGUCACAAACAGCAUUGAACGCAAGGCAUUGCUCUACAAGUUCUUCCAGAAGCUGUACAACAAGCAGUUGCUGGUCAAGAGCCCAGAACACAGGGUGCUGUUGUGCAAAGACUACACAUCCCAAGACCCGUUCUUCGAAGAUGCCGUGCACGUGCUGCAAGACAACUAUUCGGUCCCUGAAGUGAUGGUGAGCUACAGCCACGAGCUUGCCUUGUAUGCUCUGGGCACAGACAGCGCGCUCUUUGUGGAUUGUGGGGACAGAACGACACAUUGCAUUGCUGUGUCAAAGACAUAUCCCAUUGUGAAGACGCUUGCCUUCGCCGACAAGGGCGCUUCCACCGUUCGCAGGCGCUUGCGAGAGAUGAUUGAGGAUGGGGAUGCACUGAGUGAGGAUGACGUUGAGGACAUCCAAGUGCGUGCGUGUUUCGCAUGCCAUCCCCCAGAGGGCGUGACAUCCAGCGAUGCCCCAUACGACAUUGGCACCCGCGUGCUGACUGUCCCCGGGAGCGCGCGUGUGUGUGCAGCAGACACGCUGUUCACCCGCGAUGAUGAUGGCGCGAGUGUUCAGGAGCUUGUCGCGCACGCCCUCAACAACGCCCCCAUCGACGACAGAAAAGACCUUGCACAACGCAUCGUGUUGCUGGGCGGCACGUCACACAUGCGCGGGUUUGGGUACCGCUUGCUGCAGGAGCUGCAACACGAAGCACAAGGUGAGGGGGAGGAAGGCACGACGUACGGCUAUCUGGAGUGCCCGUUCCCUUCCAACGUGAUUGUCUGGAUCGGUGCUGCCAUCGCAAGCGCCCUGCCAAACUUUCACCACCAACACACAGACUAG